AUGGCUCCAUCUAAGACCGAUUCAAUCAUCAUUGUUGGUGCCGGUGUAUUCGGCCUCAGCACUGCUCUGGAGCUGAAACGCCGUGGCUAUACUGAUGUCACCGUUCUGGACCGGUACAACCCUCCCGCUGUAGAUGGGAGCAGUGUGGAUAUCUCGCGCAUCAUUCGUAUUGACUAUGCCGACCCAGUCUAUUGUCAAAUGGCCUAUGAGGCAUAUCAAGGCUGGAAGACUGAAUACAAGGAGCACUACUAUGAAUCCGGCUUUGCACUUUUGUCGGAGACGCCGGAGAACGACUGGAUUACAAAGUCCGCGGCGACCGUGCGGGCCAAUGGUGGCACUGUUGAAGAUCUAGAUGAUGCGUCAAGCCUGGUCAAAUCAUAUCCGAACAUUCAGUCCAAUUUGGCUGGCAUGAGCGGAUACCUCAACCGCAGGGGUGGAUGGGCGGAUGCCGCCGGAAGCAUUCAAAAGUUGGCCUCUCGCUGCAGCGUGGAAGGUAUCUCUAUCAUUACCGGACCUCGUGGAAGUGUGGUGUCUCUCCUUCGCGAGGGAUCCCGGGUUGUGGGAGUCAAUCUUGUCGAUGGGAGUUCUCUCCGCGCGUCUCGGGUUAUCCUGAGCACCGGAGCCUGGACACCUCGCCUCUUGAACGUCGCACAUGCUGCAUCAUCCUCCGGACAGCCUGUCGGCUUCAUCCAGCUGACUCAAGAGGAAGCACGCUCUCUGGACAACACGCCCGUCAUGAUCAAUAUGACCACUGGCGUGUUCGUGUUCCCACCGACCCCUGGCAGCAAUAUUUUGAAGCUUGCGCGUCACGGAUAUGGAUAUGCCAACGAGGUCACUGUGGAUGUGGACGGAGUCAAGCGCACUAUCUCAGCACCCAAAUUUGAUAGCAGUAACUCGGAGACCGGAUACCUGCCCGAGGAUGCUGAUGAGGAUCUGAGGAAGGGUCUACGUCAGUUCUUCCCUAAGUUUGCCGAUCGGCCCUGGAUGAACCGCCGUCUGUGUUGGUACACGGAUACCCCUAAGGGCGAUUUCAUUAUCGACAAUCACCCGACUCUGCAGGGCCUUUUCGUUGCUACUGGAGGAGCUGGACAUGGUUUCAAAUUCCUCCCUAUUUUGGGCAAAUACAUUGCAGACUGCUUCGAGAACAAAGCAUCGGAGGAAUUACGACAGAAGUGGCGACUCCAGCCGACACCUCGCGAUGCGCCCAACGGCGAUGGCAUGAAAGGCGACGGCAGUCGGGCGGGUCCCCCCUUGCGAAAGCUAACCACGAUGGAGAAGGCCAAACUAUAA